AUGAAAUUGGGCUUUUAUGCGAAUAGAAUAAUGGAAUCUUAAGUUUUUUAUCUUUUAGACAGAGUAAAUAAUGCAAAUUUAUAUUUAAUAUUAUUUUAAUCUACAUAGAAUGGAUAUGCAUCCUAUCAUUUCGACAUCAAAAUAAAAAGCAAUAAAGUACUAUAUAAUUUUCAUAACUUGAGUUGCUGUAGUUGGAGACAAAGGAGUAGGUAAACAUUAGUUAAUUGAAAAAAUGCUGGAGGUUGAAACUAAGGUUAAUGACAGAGAUAUUGCGUCAAUUGAUUUUUUUAUAUCCUAUAUAUGGAUAGGGGAUUGCUAAUAUUAAACAAUCCAUUAUUGGGUUGUCUCCUUAGAUUCAAAUGAAUAAUAGUAUGUUUAUAUUAAUAAGGAAGACGGAAAUCUAUGCCAUUUAUUCCUCAGAGCGACAUUUAUGUAAUCAUGUUCAGCUUGCACUAAAACACGAGUUUGUAGAAUGCUCUGCAUGUUUGGUUUCAAUUGAGUUCUUAAAAACAAAGUGCUUAAUAUAUAUUCUUGGGAUCGGAGAGUGGUAAAUUAAGAUAGUGCGGUUCUUACAACGAGAUCAUAAAAUUCAUAAGGAAUAAGAUGAUCAAAUCGUCUCCAAACUUAGAGGAGACUCAAAAUGAAUCGUCCCUAAAAGAAAUAAGGAAAACUAUUGCAUGUGUUGAUGAUUUCAUCGAUGAAUCACUUCCAGAAAAUGUUCAUUAUUUAGAAAUUAAGGAUUAUUAAAACUAAGCUUUCAAAAGGGUUCUUAUUAAUUCCAUUUAGAAUGUGAUAAGUAAUGAUCGAUAACAAUUAUAUUCAAUCAGUGCUCCCAUAUCUCCAAAUAUGAUGCCUUAAUUGCGUAAGCCUGUAUCUGAGUUUCUGCAGACAACGGAGUAUGCUGAGAGGCAAGAUCAUUUAAAGAGUGUGAAAGAGAAGAGACAAUCAGAAGUAGUUGAAACCAUAAAAGUAGAGUAUUCUAUACAUAUUUAACCUAUUUAAACAACGAUGAAUCCUGCUUUCUUAACUUUAGAAUAGAGCAGCUAUUCUAAAUAAGUUGAAAAAGAUCCUGAGUUUUGUUGUUAAUUAUUAUGA